AUGGGGAGAAUCAAGAAAGCGGCGAGCCAGAAGCAUGAGGCGACAAUUUCACCGUAUCUGACGGAUUUCGUUGCUCGUGCCACGAGUGUCCCGAUCCCAGAGCUCCCUACACACCUCAACACAUUCUCACGUCUGUGGCCGUUUCCCAGAGGCGAUCUCUAUCACUGGAUCAAUGUGUUGAACCGGUUCGACGAGAUUCUCGCGUCUGUCAUCGAGAAGUAUGCUCUUAAUGCGGGUCCACAGACCAAGCCUUUCGGCCGUCACGUCCUGGUUGAUUCAUAUGCGACUGGCGAGAGUCAGACUAGUCCCGAGGAUGCAGACACCAAGCUGGAUGCUUUGGGAUAUGGCCCAGAAGGAGAUAGAGAGCUUGUGGAAGUGAUUCUCGAUUUCUCUAGACUUCUGUUAGAGAAAUGCGGCAAUCGUAGCUUGUAUAACAGCAGCGAACGCUUAGGAGAACUUUUGAACACCACUUCGUUUACUCUUCUUCAGUCAACUCUUCGUCUGUCCCUUUGCUUGGCACAAAGAUACCAUUCUCGUCAGCGAGGUGGCUCCCACCUUCAGCAGAGCUUGCUGGCAGCCCACUAUAACAUCGAUCUAGAAAAGCUGCAGAAAAUCGCCGCACCGAUUCCGCGCCCUUAUACGUCUGGCAAGCCAUCUGGUGGUGCUGCUACCGGGGCUAAAGGCAAGGAGAAGGGUGCUCAGACCAAAAAUAAUGCCAACGAUCUCAUCUCGAUCACUCGGGAAACCGAUGGCUGGGAUGAGUGGGGUCAUGUUCGUUUGAUAUAUUACCCAUCUUCUUCACCAGAGCCGGUUAAGCAGGCUUCUGAGGCUCCAAAUGUCGGACUUCCGCCGCAACCUCCGACUACACCAACACCGCUUCGGAGGAGCCACACCCAUCCUACACCCCAUCUGACACGUACUACGAUCGUGGAUGAUUCCCCGAGCUCUAUUACUAAUUCUCCUUCCGGGAAGCCAGAAGAGGCAUUACGCGGUGGGAAGAUCCUGGACAUUCCUUACGCCAAGAUCUCUUCUUCGAAGGCCGAAGACCUCCUUGCUUCGCAUCUAGGUGAGCUGCCCAACGAGUCGAAAUACGAAUUGCUUCAUCGCAUCCGUACGGCUCAGGGUCUGGUAGCAUCGAGCUCUAGCAGAGAAGAAAUUCUUGCCAUCAGGCUUCUUGCAAUCACGAAUCUUGCUUACGUUUAUCCGGAGACACUGUUCCAACAAAAGAUCCUGCAAUAUGACAUGGAACAGCCAAAACGCCUUCAGCUUGCCUUCCAGCUUGGUGAGUUAGUACACCUAGGUGCAAGUGGCGACCUUCCGGUCUCGCGCAUUCUGCAGACUAUUGGUCUUUAUGCCCUCGAUGCCCUGGCGAAGCAUAAGUCAAGGGCCAUUGACGUAUGCGCUGCGCUGAGCGUCAAUGUCAACCAUGGAAUUCUCAUGUUCCUCACCCGCAAGGUAGUCAACGAGCUAGCGUCUGAAGAACGCGAUAAGGAUGAAGCCUACCAGGACGAAUGGCGGGAUGCUCUACUCGCCCUCCUGCGCACACUUCCUGGUUCAAGCACUAGAACUCCCGAGACGCUUGUCUCUGCUGGGUUGAUUCCGAUGUUCGUGGACAUCCUGAAUCUUCGGACUGAGAAGGCACGUCGCGUGUAUUCUCGGGUCAUGGAAUUCCUCGAUACUUUCGUGCAUGCAGUCCGCGAUGCUCUCGCCACGCUCACCAACGCGAAGGGAUUCGAUGCUAUCUCUGAUCUCAUUGACUAUGAGACCAAGACGUCCUUCGAGAGUGUUUCACGAGGUGAGGGACUUCCCCCGCAACACAAGACCCCGUCUAUCGAUUACCAGAUUCCAUACUUUCAGCAACAAACUUUACGGUGGAUGUUCCGGUUUGUGAAUCACAUAAUGCAACACAACGGCGGCGGUUUUGAUAGAGUCCUACGAAACUUGAUCGAUUCCCCGCAGUUGUUGACCUCUCUCCGUCUCGUAUUUGAGAAUGCUCAGAUAUUCGGUUCACAUGUUUGGAGCAAUGCCGUCAACAUCCUGAGUAGUUUCAUUCACAAUGAGCCUACCAGUUAUGCCGUUAUAGCCGAAGCUGGCCUCAGCAAAAGCUUUCUCGAAGCUGUCACAUCCUCUGAGAUUAAGACUGUUGAAAAACCAGCCGUCGAAACUACGACCGUUGAGUCCACCACCGUUGAGAACACAACUGCUGAGACCAUAGUCGCCGAGACCACAGCCACUGAGCCUGAAAUUCAACCUCAGGGUCAGCCAUCUUCCGCAGGGAAUGGUGCCGACACUAGAUCAUCGGCCCGUGACGGUCAGAACACCCGAGAAUACAGCAUGGCACGGUCGAAAGAUGCGCGCCUUGCCCCGGGUAUCAUGUCUGCUGCAGAGGCUCUGUCUUGCAUUCCUUCUGCUUUCGGGGCUAUCUGCCUCAAUUCUUCUGGUCUUGAGUUGUUCCAAUCCUCGAACGCCUUGGAGAGCUUUUUCGAGAUUUUUGAGAAUCCCCAGCAUGUCAAAUGCCUCAAGGAUGAUCACAAUCUCGUUCGGGCCCUGGGCACGACCUUCGAUGAAUUAGUCCGACACCACCCCGCAUUGAAAUCUUCAAUUAUGACUGCUGUUAUUGUGAUGGUUGCUCGUGUUGGUCUCCUCUGCAAGAGCAAGGCCUGGGCAUACGGUAUGGGAACCAAGAUGUGGGUGGAAGGUCCUGAAGGACAGCCCACAAUAUCAGGCGAUCGGUCUGUGCUGGCCUUGGAAAUUGGCGCCCCUGCCGAUGCCUCACUGGACAACAUGCGAAACCUCGGUAUUCGGGAACUGACCUCCGCUACACUUCCUGAUGGUGGUAAACUCAAUCUAGGAGACUUGAGCCAAAUCCUUCCGUCUUCGUCUGAUUCUGUGGAGCCCCAAGAUCAGGAUGCGGCUGGCCUCACAGUCACUGAUUAUCUCUAUCCGGUCGUGCGAUUCUUGGGUGCAUUUUUCGAGAAUCAAGCCAAUUGUUCCUUUUUCAUCGAAUCUGGAGGAGUUGAAUUCGUCCUGGAUUUUGCGACCCUGCAAAGUCUUCCGUUUGACUUCCACAAUUCAGAUGCCAACCAAGAGCUUACCGUGCUAGUGCACAUGUUGGCGGAGACGAAACCCCAUCUGGUUUUGCCAUCUCUUCUUACUCGUGCCGAGACCGCUGUUAAUAACCUUGCCGGUUUCUGGUCUGAACCCAAAGAUUCGGGAUUCUUUACUCCGCUGAUCAAGUCAUCCAUCGAUACCGAAUCAGAAUCCAAAGGCAAAGAGACUGAACUCGUUGCGAAAACCAACGGAACGUACUAUGCUAGACACAUUGCGGCUACUCUCGUUCUUACGGAUCUGCUUCGUGAGAUCUUCUCUAUGCCUUUGUACCAGACUCGGCCUAGCCAACACACUUCCGCUUUUGCACAAGUCAACUUGGCCGAUCGAUAUUGCAGCCUCGUUUCGGCUUUGGGAAGCUUGCAUGCCGCUUGCGUGUGGGAGGAGAUCCUUCUUGAGAGGAAUAUUCCUGCUACCUGGGAUCAAGCAACAAAGGUGCAGGCCACAGCUGGUGCCGAAAAGUCCAAUGAACCUUCUGGAACGCCUAAUGCUGAAGGGGGCUCUGCUGAACCUUCACAAGAAGGCGCAACUACCAUCGCGUCUGCCCCUGAAGACGUUGCACAGGAUACCAAAGUGAGCACAGCCAAGGUGCCCGAAGAUGGUGUAGCUUUCAAGAAUGUGCGGGCACUUCGCUAUCUUCUUAGUUCCCUGCCUUCUUCGAUCACAGGAUUUUUCCACAAUUUGGGACUUGGCCUGAUAGGAAAGCGCCGAGUUGACUCGUACCAGAGACAAAACGCGACUCUAGUAGCGGAUGCAAUCUCAGGGGCGGUGCUUAAACAACUGCAGUUUGGUCCUGCAAACUCCAGCGAUAGCACUAAGCAUCGGUUCGCAUACCUAAUUGUGAUCCUCUCUUCAUUCUCACAUUUGCUGUACGAAGCGACGGCUGAACGCCCCCACUCGCACUAUCUCACUCUUGUUCUGUUCGCCUUCAAGAGGCAAAAUGGCUUAAAGAUUAUGAAAAAUAUCUGCGAUAUUUUUAUGCGCGAGGUCAAGGCCCUUACCCCGCCGGAGUCUGUAUCCGAGUCUGAGAGCGAUGUCUCGGCACGGCUCACAUCUGCUUAUGGUGGCAUCAAAAUCAUCCUCUCCUUUUUCGCUGAGUUAGCAUCGGGCAAGAAUAUUGUGGAUUCCAGCCAGACACAGACCAUGACAACCGGUGAUCGGGAUCGAGAUCGACCAGAUUAUUUCCAACCCGGCCAGUUCUUGGUUGAUCUUCGUAUGGAGAUUUUGCCUAUGGCUCGAGAGAUGUGGAAUUCCGACUUCACGACACAGUCAUCCAGCUCUGUAGUCAAAUGUCUUGUUGAGAUCCUGCGUUCUUCUCUGGAUGGCGAGUACGAGACAGGAGCUGCUCGGCGCUCUGAACCACCACCUUACUUGGCAGAAGCAACAAAGAAGAAGGUCGUGACCAACAAGGAUCGUGUCACUCAUCUGCAUCAGGAUAAGGGCUUCGAUAAAGAUCUGGCCACAGAGGCUCUCUACCGCUGCAAUAACGUAUACCUUGCUGCGGAAGAGUACUGCAAAGCUCAAAACUGGCUGCUGGCUCCACCAAGAGUUCCGCCAAAUACAGAAGACAUUGACUCCUCUAGUGGCGAGACAUCCGAAGACACCGCUGUUGGCGAUGCACCACCUUUCAAUAGCGGCUUUCUGGAACGUUCCACGCUCGCCAUGCUUCUAGCUCAGGCAUCAGGCCGAUCAACAGACGAUGAUUCGCGUCAACAGCAUGAUGAAGGCAGGUCCGACGGCGAUCUCGGAAACGGCACCGAGUUCUUGGCUAGAGCUUUGACGCAGAUCCUCAAUGAUGAGCAAAACGCAGGGACUGAUGAUCGAGAGGGGUCCUCGUACAGGAACAUUCGUAGCACUGAUGCUCCUGGUAACUCGAACUCGUCCGAGAAUCAGAAUCAGUCAGCAAACGCAUCUUCCGAGCAGCACGCAGAUCAGACCCCAAGGCGACGCGAAAUUACAACGGUUGAAGAUUUAGACGCUGAACGCGAAAAGGUUCGCUCAAAUCUGAUUGAGCGUUGCCUGGACGUUCUGAAUGAGCAUCACGACGUUUCGUUCGAACUUUCUGAUCUCAUAGCGUCCGCAACAAAAAAGCACCGUGAUCCUGAGAGCUUUCGAAGGGAAGUGGGCGAGAUCCUUGUUCAGUCAUUGGUCUCAUUGCAGAUGGAAAAUUUCCAGGCUGCUGGCAAAAAGGUCGCAGCUUAUGCUCAUCUGCUUGCCUUGGUUCUCCAAGAUAGAGAAAUGUACAAUGCUACUCUGGACGAGCUUAAGGAAUGCUUCACAACCUUCCUUGGCUUUAUCAAGGUUUCUCCCGAACAAUCAGCAGACGAGUCCUUCCCUUGGAUUGGACAUGUUCUUUUGAUCUUGGAAAAGUUGCUCUCGGAUGAUGCGCAGCCACCCCAAAUUCGCUGGAACAUGCCGGAUGGUAAUAAUCCUACCGGUGAUGACGAAGGACCGGCGCAACUUGAGGAACCUUUGGUCUCUCUCGAUCAGAAAACCCAACUGUACGAAGCUAUUAUUGAAAUCCUACCUCGAACUGGGAAGGAUGAUACCCUGGCUCUCUCAGUGUGCCGCAUUCUUGUCAUUCUCACUCGGAACCGCAGUAUCGCCACUCGACUUGGAGAAAAGCGAAGCUUGCAGCGCCUAUUUGUGAUGGUCAAGCAACUUUCCAGCUCUACAAAUGAGAAACUCCAAAGUGCUUUUAUGUUGAUUCUUCGACACAUAAUCGAAGACGAAGACACAAUUCGACAAAUCAUGCGGAGCGAAAUUGUGGCCAAUUUCGAGUCGAAAUCUUCUCGUCAAAUCGACACUACGGGCUACGUUCGACAGAUGUAUCACCUCGUUCUGAGAUCACCUGAGCUCUUUGUGGAAGUUACCAACGAGAAGUUGAAGUUGCAGCGGUAUGAUAACCGUCAACGCCCUCAAACCCUGACCUUGAAGGCGGAUAAGAUAAGUGAUUCCGCGGCUUCUUCAUCGAGUCAAGGAGGGUCUGAGAGCACGACUACUGAUAAAGCUCCCGCGGAAGCAUCUCCAUCGGAGGACAAAGAGAAGGGCAAAAUUAUGGAGCUGAAGCCACCUGUUGUGGAGAAUCCUGAUGGUGUGAUCCACUAUUUGCUCUCUGAACUUCUGUCCUAUAAGGAUGUCGACGAUAAAGAAAUCGCAGUUGAGACUACGGACACGUCUGUUCCCGAUCAGUCAGAGACUCAGACAGAUGUGGAAAUGUCGACAGAUGAGCCCUCCCCCUCUGUCUCCAGCAGCGACUUACAGGGUGCGCGUACUUCCAAGAAGACAGAAAAGCCCCCCUUCAAGGCUGAUGAGCAUCCUAUCUACAUAUACCGGUGUUUCUUGCUUCAGUGUCUGACGGAACUGCUAUCGUCCUACAAUCGGACCAAAGUUGAGUUUAUCAAUUUCUCUCGCAAGGCUGAUCCUCACGCCACCACACCAUCGAAACCUCGUUCAGGUAUCUUGAAUUACCUUCUGAAUGUUCUUGUGCCUAUCGGUACCAUGGAACAUGACGAAUCGGUCUCUUUCAAAAAGCGAAGUAAUACUUCUGCUUGGACAAUGCGCGUACUUGUCGCUCUGUGCACCAAAACGGGGGAAUUUGGAGGUCCUGGAAGACGUCGCAACGAUCGAAAUGCGACUGAGGAAGACGAGCCUGAGCUCACUUUUGUCAGGCGCUUUGUCUUGGAACAUGCGCUGCGGGCAUACAAGGAAGCAAAUAUUUCGAACGAGCCAUUGGAUAUGAAAUAUUCCAGGUUGAUGUCACUCGCGGACCUAUUCGACAAAAUGCUCAGUGGCUAUGCAUUCGUUUCGGGUGACACUGCCUUCCCCUCUUCCACCAGACAGCUCGCAAAGACCAUGUUUGAAAAACAUUUCAUAUCCGCUUUGACCGCGUCCAUCGCCGAAAUCGACUUGAAUUUCCCGACGUCCAAGCGGGUUAUCAAAUAUAUCUUGCGUCCUCUGAACAAACUUACACAGACGGCCGUCAUUCUGAGUGAAUCGUCGGACAUUUCUAGCCUCGGAGACACGGAAGAUGAUGAAAUCUCAUCCGCUACAUCGGUCUCAGAUAUUGAUGAUGACCGUGAAGAAACUCCUGAUCUCUUCCGUCACUCGACAUUAGGAAUGUUGGAGCCUCGUCAUGAAGAGGAGACAAGUUCAGAGGAAUCGGAAGAAGAAGAAGACGAUGAAAUGUACGAUGACGAAUACGGCGACGAAAUGGAUUAUGAUGAAGAUAUGCCAGAGGAUGAUGGAGAAGUUGUCAGCGAUGAAGAAGACGAUAUUGAAGGUAUCGGACCUAUCGAAGGCCUUCCUGGCGAUUCUGGCAUGGACAUCGAGGUUGUCAUCGACGAGGAUGAGGAUGAUGAAGACGACGAGGAUGAUGAUGACGAGGACGAGUCUGAUAUGGAUGAUGAUGAGAUUCUUGCUGGUGAGAUAACUGGUGACCAGGACAACGACAGCUUGGAGGAAGGUGAUGAAGAUGAAUGGGAAAGUGAGGAUAUGUCCGAAGAUGAUGAGGAAGCAGAGAUCAUGAACCAAUUCGAAGACGAACUCGCCGACAUCAGACAAGCGGACCAUCGUGGUGAUGGCCAGCGGUUUGAUGACUUGUUCCGUGUUCUGAAUGAAGCUGCUGGAGGGGUCGAAGAUCUUCAGGCUGAUAGUCUCGGCGAUGUGCAUGAUGACAUGGCCGAUGAUGAUCUAAACGAAGACGACGAUGAUGAAGAAAUUGAUGAACUUGAGGAGGAAUUGGACGCAAUGGAUGACGAUGAAGGGUCUUAUCAAGGAUUUGAUGAUGAUGACGAUCUCAUUGACCCAUGGGGUUGGGAUGGUGACGAGGCUGCAUUGCAUCGUGGUCAUCACCAACGAUUCCGUGGUACCCAGCCAGCUUGGGCUGCUGUUACCGGCAUGAUGCCCAAUCGCCAUGGAAUUGUACCGAUUCAGCCCUACCGUUUCCACCGAACACAAGUCCCGAGUCGCGGCAACGAUGACGGCACAAAUCCUCUCCUUGUUCGAACCGAUCGGGGGGCUGAGACCACAGGUCAACCCCGUGGGCCUGGUAAUGAAGCUUUUACCGAUUGGGUUCACGGCAUGGAACCUAUUUCUACAGGGCGUCUUCUUCCAAUGGACAGCUCUGUAAGCUUCAUGAAUGCAAUCAUGCAAGCCAUUUCUGGUCAAUCGACCCCAGGUUUUGGCGUAAUCACUCGUCCCGACGGAAUCCAUGUCCAUGUCGACAGACGGGCUAUCUUACCAAACCGCAGUAUUCAGGAUAUCUUUGGUCUCGGUAGGCCACAAGCUCCUCCCGCUCGGACUCGUGACGAUCCAUCCCAAGCCGUAAGCUUUGCUCUGGCGACUACCCGAAGCCGUUGGCAGGAGGAAGCUCGCAUUUUAUUCAGCAGCACUUAUGUCGAGAAGACACAGCGUGUUGUAAACUCCUUAUUGAAGAUACUUGUUCCUCCGGCUAUUGAAGAGGAGAAACAACGGGAGAAGCUGAUGGAAGAAGAGCGCAAGCGACGUGAAGAAGAACGAGCCGAGCGUGAACGUCAAGAGCGCAUUGCCAAGGAGGAGGAAGAAAAGGAGCGGAAACGGAAAGAGGAGGAAGAGAAUGCUCGGCGACAACAGGAAAGGCAACAGCAAGAGGCAGAGCGUCAGGCUGCUGGGCUGGUUUCCGAACCCAUGGACGAUGUUCAGGAGACAGCUGCCGGUGAAAUUACUGAACCAUCCGCCCAACCGGAAGCUGGACCAUCGGAGCCUGCUCGCCGAGUGCAUACAACAAUUCGUGGUCGCCAGCUUGAUAUUACCGAACUGGAAAUCGAUCCCGAGUAUCUCGAGGCGCUGCCUGAAGAACUCCGUGAAGAGGUUAUCAUGCAGCAGCUUGCGGAACAGCGUUCGCAGGCUGCCGCAGCUGGUGAAGAACCUAGCGAGAUCAAUCAGGAGUUCUUAGAAGCUCUACCUGCGGAUAUUCGUGAAGAGCUUCUGCAACAAGAGGCUGCGGACCGUCGCCGGCGCGAGCGUGAGAGCGCACGCAGACAAGUGCCCCCAGUUGCUGCUCCAGCUCAUGCCGAAGAAAUGGAUGCUGCCAGCUUCCUUGCCACUCUAGAUCCCUCUUUGCGACAGGCUGUCCUCGCUGAUCAGCCCGAGGAAAUCCUUGCUACCCUAGGACCCGAAUUUGUUUCGGAGGCACACGCUCUUCCUGGAAGACGACUGGCUCAAUUUGGUGAUAUCACUCGGGCUGAUAAUCGUCCUCGGAAUGAGCCAGCUGAAGAACAGGAGUCGAAGAAGCCACAAAGGCGCCAGAUAGUCCAGAUGCUCGACAAAGCUGGCAUUGCUACCUUGCUUCGAUUGAUGUUUAUGCCACUCCAAGGAAAUGCGCGCCAUCAAUUGAAUGACAUCCUUCACAAUGUGUGUGAGAAUCGUCAAAACCGCGUUGAAGUCAUCAGCCUUUUACUUUCUAUUCUUCAGGACGGAAGUGUCGACGUCACCGCCAUUGAACGCAGUUUCUCUCAUCUCUCGUUCCGUGCGAAACCCGGCUUGAUCCAGAAGACACCGCAAUCCGCCAAACGUAACAUGGCUUACCAGACAUCAGCGAGUGUCAGCAGUGAAGUUACUCCGACCAUGGUCGUACAGCAGUGCCUUGGAACUCUUUCUUUCUUGUCUCAGUACAAUCCUCACAUUGCGUGGUUCUUCCUUACCGAGCAUGAUCCUUCUUCGACAUCAAAGUUGAAGUCCAACCGCAAGGGCAAGGGCAAAGAGGGCAAGGCUAGCAAGUUCGCUCUCAAUGCUCUGCUCAAUCUCCUCGAUCGCAAAUUGAUCAUGGAGAAUCCAAACUGCAUGGAACAACUUUCAAGUUUGCUAAGCAGUAUCACGCAACCACUUACCUUGCUUCUUCGUCGCGAGAAGGAAAGGCAAGAGGAAGAGGACAAAGGUAAAAAGACAGAUGGGGCGCCAGCGGAGGAGCCUAUCCCUGAUCAAGGACAAUCUGCUCAGCCCGCUGAGCCAACCGGUCCCAGCGCUGAUACAACCAUGACAGACGCCCCUGCGGCUACAGUUGAAGCUACGGAGCAACAGGCUGCAACUGCGACUGCACCUGAAGACGCUGCCGCGGGAGAAGUUGAGAAGACAGAGGCAGCUCAAGAGACAAGCGAAGAUGGGAAGCCGAAGAGGAAAAUCAUCGAGCCUCCCGUUGUUCCUGAUGAGAACCUUCGCUUGGUUGUUCACAUCUUGGCAGCUCGCGAAUGCAACGGGAAGACUUUCAGAGAAACGUUGUCAACCAUCAAUAAUCUUUCGGCUAUCCCGGGUGCCAGGGAUGUGAUUGGAAACGAGCUUGUCAAUCAGGCUUUGAGUCUUUGCACCACGAUUCUGACUGACCUGGAUGAACUUCUUUCCCAUAUUCACCAAGCCCGAACAGGCACAGAUAUGCAAGGCUUGGCUUUGGCGAAAUUCUCACCGGCCAGUUCCGAUCAAGCGAAGCUGUUGCGUGUCUUGACUGCACUUGACUAUCUGUUUGAUCCCAAUCGUGCCGACAAGGUCAAGGGCUCUGAGCCUGAAGCCACAUCUAAGGAUGAUGUUCUGCAAACUCUGUAUGAGAGCUCGACAUUUGGGCCUUUGUGGACGAAACUGAGCGAAUGCCUGACUGUCAUCCGCCAAAAGGAGAACAUGCUGAACGUGGCCACCAUUCUACUUCCCUUGAUCGAGGCGUUGAUGGUUGUGUGCAAGAACACGACAUUGAAGGAUACCACCAUCUCUCGAAAUAGCCGUGAGCUGUCUGUGUCUACCACUUCGGCCGACAAUGGUGUCAACAUGGAGAGUCUGUUCUUCAGAUUCACAGAGGAACAUCGCAAGAUUUUGAACGAGCUUGUCCGUCAGAAUCCCAGGCUGAUGAGUGGCAGUUUCUCUCUAUUGGUUAAGAACCCCAAGGUUCUUGAGUUUGAUAACAAGCGCAAUUAUUUCACUCGCAAGAUUCAUUCGCGCGGUGCUGAGCCUCGUCACCCCCAUCCUCCCCUCCAGCUUUCCGUCAGAAGAGACCAGGUCUUCCUUGAUUCUUUCAAGUCCCUGUACUUCAAGUCAGCGGAUGAGCUGAAGUAUGGCAAGCUCAACGUGCGCUUCCAUGGUGAAGAAGGUGUUGAUGCAGGGGGUGUAACGCGAGAAUGGUUCCAGGUUCUUGCUCGCGGCAUGUUUAAUCCCAACUACGCAUUGUUCAUUCCCGUGGCUGCCGACCGUACCACAUUCCAUCCAAAUCGUCUGAGUGGCGUCAACUCCGAGCAUCUGAUGUUCUUCAAGUUCAUCGGACGCAUCAUUGGCAAGGCUCUGUAUGAAGGCCGUGUCCUCGACUGCCAUUUUAGCCGGGCUGUCUACAAGUGCAUUCUCAGUAGAUCAGUCUCCAUCAAGGACAUGGAAACGCUCGAUCUCGACUACUACAAGUCGCUUUUGUGGAUGCUCGAGAACGACAUCACCGAUAUUAUCACCGAGACUUUUGCUGUCGAAACCGAUGAUUUUGGCGAGAAACAGGUGAUUGAUUUGAUAGAGAAUGGCAGCAACAUCCCAGUCACCCAGGAGAACAAGGAAGAGUAUGUGCAGCGAGUGGUGGACUAUCGUCUGGUCAAAUCCGUCAAGGACCAACUUGACAACUUCCUCAAUGGUUUCCAUGAGAUCAUUCCCCCAGAUCUGAUUUCAAUUUUCAACGAACAGGAGCUCGAACUCCUCAUCUCCGGGCUUCCGGAGAUUGACGUGGAUGAUUGGAAAGCCAAUACCGAGUACCACAAUUACUCUGCCUCGUCACCUCAGAUCCAGUGGUUCUGGCGCGCUGUCCGCUCCUUCGACAAGGAAGAGCGUGCCAAGCUUCUGCAGUUCGUUACUGGAACCAGUAAAGUGCCACUCAACGGCUUCAAAGAACUUGAGGGCAUGAACGGAGUCAGCAAAUUCAACAUCCAUCGUGACUACGGCAACAAGGACCGUCUUCCAAGUUCUCACACGUGUUUCAAUCAGCUUGAUCUUCCUGAGUACGAAAACUACGAGACUCUGAGGCAGCGUCUGUAUACUGCCAUCACAGCUGGUAGUGAAUAUUUCGGAUUCGCAUAA